AUGACAUUAAUUCAUCCAGAAGUGAUUAGAGGAAAAGAAUUACUAAUUAUUACUGCACCUGGUAAAGAACCGUUACAGAUAAGUUUAAAUGAAUAUCCAAAUGAGUUUGAAUUUUUAACAUGUUCAUCUCAAGUUUGCGGUGACAAUGUUAAAACAUUGGUAUACAUCUCUGAACAUAUUACACGAUGGUUCACUGAAUUUCUGGGAGUUAAUUGCAGAUUAGCACGUCAACCACCAACAAAAUUCGUAAAACCAUACCUGCUUAAUUCCACAUCAAAUUUGCCACUUUCAUUAUCAAACGAAUCACCGUUUUUGUUGAUAUCACAGAAGAGUGUUGAUCAUGUUAAUCAAAAGAUUCUAGAAUAUAAUGAUGAAUAUAAUAAUGAUACAAAUAAUAAUGAGAAUAAUAGAUUUCAAUAUAUUAAAAAUGGUGAUAAUGACUGUUAUAAUAUUAACAAUAUCAACAAAACAGAAAAAAUGAAGAAUGAGGGAAAUAAAAAUAAUUUUACAAAGAAAUCAUCAUGUUCAUAUGAAAAUCGGAAAAAAUGUGAAAACCUAAAAAUUGUUGAAGAUUGUUUUAGAGCAAAUCUUGUGAUAAAUGGAAAUAUUCAAGAGUAUGAAGAAGAUAAAUGGAAAAUGAUCAAAAUUAGAGGACAAGUAUUUAAGUAA